UGUCGGGAACCAGCCAGACAUCUACAACUGAAGCGGCUACAAGGGAGAUGGGACGCGCGGUCGAGGAGAAGCAGCAGACGGAGGAGUUGUACGAUCCCUACAAGGAUACGAUAUCAGCGCAAUCGGGACGCGAAGAGCCUGCUGCAGUCGGACAGCGGUCAGCGCCGCUUCCCAGCUUCGUCCAAGGCUCAUCGAAGGACCAGCCUGUUGCAAGAGCACCCGUCCGCCAAAUGUCGACAUCUUCCUCCAUCAACCCUCAGGAAGGUUCGCGUCCCCUCGCGCCUGUUCGUCAUCCAGACCAAAAUGUGCCUGGGUCGCAAUCUUCAUGGACGACUACUCCCACUAUCCCAGUGAACAACGCGGCAGGACCAACAUCCAACCUGGAGCCCUCUAACGACGGCCCAAUAUACGUUCCUGGGCCAUUCCACGUAUCGCCGUUUCACAUGCCUUUCGCUAUGCCCCCGCCCCCCCAGGAAUCUUCGGUACCAGCUUGGGGUUCUUCGACCAUGCCGCUCCCCUCGCGGAGGUACUCCGUAUCGCAACAAGAGGUCCCUGGAAGCCGGUCUCGUCCUGCAACGACGCCCGUUCAUGCGUCGCCCUCGUACGGGGUAACUCCUCCGAUAAACCCUUACACCUAUCCCGGCAGCAGCGCCCCUCAGCCAGUCCACACCUCCGGCGCCUAUCGCACUCCAAACUCGCAGCCUCCUUCAUCUACACCCAUCGGCUUUCAAGCUCAACAACCCCCCAUCGUGUCAACGCCCGUCGGACCGGGCUACCCCCCGAAUGCGCCUCUCAUCCCGCCUGCAGACUUAUCCCAGUCUCAACCUGCUGCUGGAUGGUAUGUCAAUGGACCGCAGCCGGUAGCCACACAAACCCCCGUCAUGUCAACGCCCGCUCCAGCUUCGUACUCAAGCCCCGCCGGACACGGUUACGCGCCGAACGCGCCCCGCAUCCCGCCUGGGGACAUAACUCAGUCUCAACCUGCUGGGUGGUACGGCACGCAAGCCCCAGCACGCAAGAAGACCGACGCGUUUGUAGCAAGCGACCCAUUCCGGCCGCACUCGCACAGCCAGAGCAAGGCGGAUAAGCCAUCGAGCAGCCUCACGUUCGACGAUAUCCCAAUGCCGGGCACAGUCGAGGCUACUCAGCCUACCUCGACGUGGGGAUCUGCUCCUUACCCAGGCACAGGUAGCUCACACAGGCCGCCCACGUCGAGUCAUACUUCGCCGUAUUACUCUGGAGGUGCGCAGCGGCCGCACACUGUACCGACUCCCAUAGGUCCAUCACCAUAUCCUCCAUCUCACUAUCAGACGACGCCCCAUCCGAGCUCGGGCCAGUGGGGCACUUCACCUCCUGUUGUUGGCACGUCGCCUCCGUACCACCCGACUCCGGCACCUCACCAGAGCCCGUGGAACCUUCCGCCCACAUACGGGCAAGGACAAACGCCAGUGCCGACGAUCCCUCAGCCACCGGCGCGACAUGACGGGACUGCACCUGUCGUGCAGCCGCCUCCGAUAUCUCCAGGUCCGGUGCCAGUGUCAGUUGGCCGCCCGAGUACGGACAGUCAGCAUUCCGAUGAGCCGCCAGUGCUGCCUCCUCAGCGGCCUGUGACUCCCCCUGUCGUAAUCCUGCCCCAGCCAACCCCGUCGCCGCCUCCUGUAGUGCCAGUGCGUCCCGAGGAUAGUCCUCCACCACACCCAAUCUUGCCUCCUGUAGUGCCGGUGCGUCCCGAGGGUAGUCCUGCACCUCAGCCAGUCUUACCGCCAGGACAUGAGUACAGUCCGCCAGCGUCGCCGUACAGGCCCUACCGUCCUUCCUCGCCCCCGUACUCGCCCUACAGCCCGAUCUACGGUGGGCCAUACCCAUAUUACCCUCCAUACACGCCCUAUGCACCGCAGCGUGCGUCGUUCUGGUCGCGCGUGGGUGCCGCCCUCCGCUGGCCUUUUGGGCGAAAGAUUAAGCCACAGGUCCCCCCGACGUGGGUUGGAGGCGAAACCUCCCCACACGUCGUCUUCGUCACUCCCAGCGCCUCCGACUCCUCCGACUCUCUCGAAAAGGUCGCCAACUUCCUGGCCCUCACGCUGCCAAGCCAGGUAUAUUUGCUCCUGCUGCUGCGCCUGCCGUCGCUGUACUUUUCGCGCGUGGCGAGGAUCUUCGAGGAGGCGGACCUGACUCUCCCGGAGCUGAAGAAAAUGGCGCUCGAGACGGCGUCGCGCGCUCGGAGUGGCGGCGGGGGUGGCGAAUUUGACGUGCAGGCGUUUGAGUCGAAGAAUUCGAACCUGCCACCCCAGUAUGAGAGGCUCAAGGCGACGUGGGAGGGGUUCAUCGAUUCGGUGAUGAGAGAGUGGAAGACGUUCAACAUCAUUUCGGUUCUGCUCCUCUCGGCUAUUUUGACAAUCCUGCAAAUCGAAGCGGCUGCAGCUGACCCUAUUACCCGAUACGCAGCGCUUUUCUCGUUGAUAUGCGCUUUGAUCAGUUUGCUAUUUGGAUGCAUGUAUAUCAUUCGCUUUGGAAGCAUGCGAAAGACGUACAAGGCUGCUGAAUGGGCUUUGGAGGCUAAAAAGACGAAAUCGGUCAUAUGGUGGAACGUUUGGGUUCUGCUCGCAAUGCCCGCAAUCUGGUUGACUUGGUCUAUUAUCCUGUACAUCGUGUGCAUCAUGUCUUUCGUCUGGCGCACGAGCGCCGAAGAUACAACGCCACCUUCGCACAUGUCCGCCGAUGCGCUUCUAACCGUUCGAAUCGUUAUCUCCUCCGUUCUCGGACUGGGCAUGGUCUAUGGAGUGGCGAUAAUAGCCACCUUCCGGCGGUACGGUGAGGUGAUGGAGAGGGCGUGGAAGCAACGUAUCGACGCAUGGCUCGACGAGAAAGCCUCGAACCCUUAUUGGCAGGGGUCGCACUAUCCACAUUUCGGCUACCCACCUUUUGGCUCAGGCCACACGCCGUGGGGCGCAACGCCGGGCUCACCAACAGGAUACCCGACGAACUUCAUGUCACCGCCUGGUGGCCAAAUGUCUUCUGACCCGAACCUCCCGCGGUAUGGCUUCGCCGCAGAUGGCAGCGGGUAUGCGAUGCAAGAGAACCCGGACUUCCUCCCAGCGACCAGUUAUCAUCCUCCACCAGAGCCGUACGAUACGCCAGAUCAGUCUCGCUCGCAGAGCCCGGAAAGCAACUCGAGGACGUAUGUUACACGCGCGAACACUGUCCGCAAUAGGGCCUCCUACCACAGACAAGACAGUAUGGACAGCGCCAUAUCCUAUGCCUCCAGCACAGACUCGACGCCAGCACCACCACCUCUCCGUCCUAAAGCGCCUCUCGGCUCCAACUUCAACCCUCCUGGUAACGCCCCACUGCUGAUUAAGCCUAGACUCGCCGUCCCACCUCCUCCGAACCUCCCACCCAUCCCCGGCACCCCUAUGACGGCAUUCAGCAACCGCAGCCUCGGGUCGCGCUCGAAUGCCGAUUCGCCUCUUCCAGCACCAGGAGAAGAGGACGUGGAUUUGCAGGAUAACCGUGUCAGGUUCCGGUCGCCUUUGGUUUCGGUACAGGGAAGCAGUGGCGGUACUGCGACGUGGGGCGGGCAAUCGCCUCGUUCGGUGGACGAUUCGAGUCCCAAGGCUAGUCGGCCCGCAGGCACUACAUCGUCGACCUCCUCGAGGUCCUCUCCGAAUAUAGGACCGCCUUCAACGCCGCUCUUCUCGGGUGGGGCAUCAAGUUCGAAAGAAUCUCUUAAUCGCAUGCACACGACACUACCAAAACGCGAUGAAUCUUUAGACGAUAUUCACUGAA